AUGGUCGCACCGUCCCCCGGCCCCGUCUACUCGCUCCUGCACGCGCUCCCCAUCCCUUCGCUCCCGCGCACCAUCGAGCACUGGAUUCCGGGCCAAACACCCCUCUCGACCACGCCCGAGGUCGUCGUCGCCGUCGCAGUCUACCUCGCAGUCAUCUUUGGAGGACAGGCGCUCAUGCGCGGAUCAAAGCCGUACCGCUUCAAGCCUCUUUUCAUGCUGCACAACUUCCUCCUCUCGACCGGCUCCGGCCUCCUUCUCGCCCUGAUGCUCGAGGAGAUCGUCCCCAUCAUCUGGAAGCACGGCCUCUUCCACGCCAUCUGCGCCGACGAGGCCUGGACGCCCCGCCUCGAGACCUACUACAUCUUCAACUACUACUUCAAGUACUGGGAGUUGUUCGACACGGUCUUCCUCGUCGUCAAGAAGAAGCCCCUCCAGUUCCUCCACGUCUUCCACCACACCGCGACCGCCGUCCUGUGCUACACGCAGCUCAACGGACGCACCUCGGUUUCGUGGGUCGUCAUCACCCUCAACCUCUUUGUGCAUGUCCUCAUGUACUAUUACUACUUCAUGACGGCCGCCGGCUACAAGAUCUGGUGGAAGAAGUACCUCACGACGCUGCAGAUCACCCAGUUCGUGAUCGACCUCUUCACGGUCUAUUUCGCCAGCUACAGCUACUUCGCCUGGACGUACGCCCGUGGGUCGCUCCCGACCCUCGGGUCGUGCGCUGGGACGGAGGGAGCUGCAAUCUUCGGCUGCGCCCUUCUCACCAGUUAUCUCUUCUUGUUUGUGGCGUUCUAUAACCGCACGUACAAGAAGGCCGGCCAGAACAAGGUCGAUGCCGCAAAGGGCGCCGCCGCGACCGUCGCCAAGAAGACCAACUAA